CCGAAUUGCCACAUAAUCCCUUGGAACGGCCGCGCCGAACGCCAUUGGCUUCUCCCUUCUCCGCGCGCCGCCGCCGCCGCCGCCGCCGUCUCCCACCUUCGCCUCCCUCUCCGCCCGCUGCCUCCGGAGCUGGGGGGAGAACGCGAAGCCCCGCGGCUAUGGAGCCCGCCGCCGCGGCCCCGGCGCAGCGACUCCCCGACCCCGGCCGGGAGGACCGCGCUCCGGCUCCCGCAGCGGCGGCGGCGGCGGGGGGCGGCCGGAGCCCGGAGUCCGCGCCGACCGCGGCGGCCCCGAGCGGCGGGAAGGGCAGCGGCGGCGGGGCGCGGGAAGAGGCCCCCGGCGAGGCGCCGCUGGGGCCGCUGCCCGGCCGGGCGGGAGGCGCCGGGCGCAGGAGGCGGCGCGGGGCGCCUCAGCCCGCGGCCGGCGGGGCAGCCGCGGUGCCGGGCGCCGGCCACGGCGCUAACUCGCUGCUGCUGAGGAGAGGGCGGCUCAAGAGGAAUCUGUCCGCGGCUGCCGCCUCGUCGUCGUCGUCGUCGUCCUCGUCGUCGUCUUCGGCGGCUGCCGUCUCGCACCCCGCGGGCGCCGCCGGCCUCCCCGCCUCCUGCUCGGCCUCGGCGUCGCUGUGCACCCGGAGCUUGGACAGGAAGACGCUGCUGCUGAAGCACCGGCAGGUGAUGCCGCUGCAGCCGUCGGACCGGGACUGGGUGAGGCAGCAGCUCCGGCGGGGCUGCCUGCACGUCUUCGACCGCCACACGGCCUCCGCCUACCUGCGCCCGGUGCUCUGCACGCUGGACACCACGGCCGGGGAGGUGGCCGCCCGCCUGCUGCAGCUCGGCCACAGAGGCGGCGGCGUGGUGAAGGUGCUGGGCCAGGGGCCCGGACCCGCUGGCGCCGAGCCCUCCCCCGACGCCGGGCCCCGGCUCGCGGCUCCCGAGCUGCCCGCGGGGAACGCGCCGGGUGCCGUCGGGGGCCCCCCGCGCGCGCCGCCCAGCGACCUGCCGCUGCCCGCCGGCGGCCCGGGCCGGUGGGCGCGGUGCGCCGCCCGCGCUAGCCCGGCCCCCUCGGACUGCAGCCCGGGCGAGCCGUUCGCUAGGGGCCUCGGCUCUCCUCCGCCAGGCGCCCCGCGGCCCCUGGACGGCGCGGCCGCGACGCCGGCCUCCGACACCGAGAGCUUCAGCCUGAGCCCCAGCGCCGAGAGCGUGUCCGACCGGCUGGACCCCUACAGCAGCGGCGGCGGCUCGUCCUCGUCCGAGGAGCUCGAGGCCGACUCAGCCCCGAUCCCGACGGGGGCCCCGGGUCAGCCCUGCGGCCCCGCGCAGCCCGGGCCGCCUUCCCCGACCGCCUCCCGCUCUCUGCCGAAGAAAGCCCCCAGGGGCGUGGACAUGGCAGGCGGCGCUGCCCCCGAGGGGCCUCGGCCGGAGGAGGCGGCGGCGGCCGAGGCCCCAGGAGGUGCCCCGUCGAAGGUGCCGCCGCCGCCGCCCACCCUGUACGUGCAGCUCCACGGAGAGACCACCCGGCGCUUGGAGGCGGACGAGAAGCCGCUGCAGAUCCAGAAUGACUACCUCUUCCAGCUGGGAUUCGGGGAGCUGUGGCGGGUGCAGGAGGAGGGCAUGGACUCGGAGAUCGGCUGUCUCAUCCGCUUCUAUGUAGGGAAGCCUCACAGUACCAGCAGCUCUGAACGGAUUCAGCUCUCAGGAAUGUAUAAUGUCCGGAAAGGCAAAAUGCAGCUGCCAGUGAACCGAUGGACACGACGUCAAGUUAUCCUGUGUGGGACCUGCUUGAUAGUAUCCUCUGUGAAAGACAGCCUGACCGGAAAGAUGCAUGUUCUGCCACUGAUAGGUGGAAAAGUAGAAGAAGUGAAAAAGCACCAGCACUGUUUAGCAUUUAGCUCCUCUGGACCCCAAAGCCAGACUUACUACAUUUGCUUUGAUACUUUCACAGAGUAUUUAAGGUGGCUGCGACAAGUCUCCAAGGUUGCAUCCCAGCGCAUUAGCUCCGUGGACCUUUCGUGCUGUAGCCUGGAACACUUGCCUGUCAACCUCUUCUACAGCCAAGACCUCACUCAUCUCAAUUUAAAACAAAAUUUCCUAAGGCAAAAUUCCAGCCUCUCAUCUCCCAGGGGACUCAAUGAACUACAAAGGUUCACGAAGUUGAAGAGUCUUAACCUUUCCAAUAAUCAUUUAGGAGACUUCCCACUAGCAGUCUGCAAUAUUCCAACCCUGGCAGAGCUGAAUGUAUCCUGCAAUGCCCUGCAAGCAGUCCCAGCAGCUGUCGGAGCUAUGCACAAUUUACAGACAUUUUUGUUAGAUGGAAACUUUCUCCAGUCCCUUCCUGCUGAGUUGGAAAACAUGCACCAGCUUAGUUAUCUUGGUCUAUCAUUCAACGAAUUUACUGACAUUCCAGAGGUAUUGGAGAAACUGACUGCUGUGGAUAAACUUUGUAUGUCUGGAAACUGUAUGGAGACCCUUAGGCUACAGGCUUUAAGAAAAAUGCCUCACAUUAAGCAUGUGGAUCUAAGAUUGAACAUAAUCCGGGAGGUAACAGCAGAUGAAGCGGACUUUGUGCAGCACGUCACUCAGCUUGACCUGAGAGACAAUAAGCUGAGCGAACUGGAUGCCAUGAUUUUCAACAACAUUGAAGUUUUACACUGUGAAAGGAAUCAGUUGGUGACAUUAAACAUCUGUGGCUAUUUCCUAAAAGCACUCUAUGCCUCUUCUAAUGAACUUGUCCAAAUUGAUGUUUACCCAGUUCCGAAUUAUCUGUCCUACAUGGAUGUUUCAAGGAAUCGCUUAGAAAAUGUGCCUGAGUGGGUAUGUGAAAGCCGAAAGCUAGAAGUUUUGGAUAUUGGCCAUAAUCAAAUAUGUGAGCUUCCUGCCCGCUUAUUUUGUAAUAGUAGCCUCCGGAAACUGCUGGCAGGACACAACCAAUUGGCAAGGCUGCCUGAAAGACUUGAAAGAACCUUGGUAGAGGUCUUGGACGUGCAACACAACCAGCUCCUUGAGCUACCGCCAAACCUCCUGAUGAAGGCCGACAGCCUGAGAUUCCUGAAUGCAUCUGCAAACAAACUGGAGACCCUUCCUCCAGCCACACUUUGUGAAGAGACGAGCAGUAUCUUACAAGAAUUGUAUUUGACAAAUAACAACCUCACAGACAAAUGUGUGCCCUUGUUAACAGGGCAUCCCCAUCUGAAGAUCCUUCACAUGGCCUAUAACCGACUUCAGAGUUUUCCAGCAAGUAAAAUGGCGAAACUGGAGGAACUUGAGGAAAUUGAUAUCAGUGGGAAUAAACUGAAAGCCAUUCCGACAACUAUUAUGAAUUGUAGGCGCAUGCACACUGUGAUUGCUCACUCCAAUUGCAUUGAAGUCUUCCCUGAAGUUAUGCAGCUCCCAGAAAUCAAGUGCGUGGACCUGAGCUGUAAUGAGCUAAGUGAAGUCACUUUACCAGAGAACCUGCCUCCUAAACUGCAGGAGCUGGACCUGACUGGGAACCCUCGCCUUAGCCUGGAUCACAAGACCCUGGAACUGCUGAAUAACAUCCGCUGUUUCAAGAUUGACCAGCCUUCGGCUGGAGAUGCAUCUGGAGCCCCGGCUGUGUGGAGUCAUGGCUACACCGAAGCUUCAGGUGUGAAAAACAAGUUGUGUGUGGCAGCCCUGUCAGUGAAUAACUUCUGUGAUAACCGGGAGGCCCUGUAUGGUGUGUUUGAUGGAGACCGGAACGUGGAGGUGCCCUACCUUCUCCAGUGUACCAUGAGUGACAUUUUGGCUGAAGAGCUGCAGAAAACAAAAAAUGAAGAAGAGUACAUGGUCAAUACAUUCAUUGUUAUGCAAAGGAAACUUGGAACUGCUGGGCAGAAGCUCGGAGGUUCUGCUGUCCUUUGCCAUAUCAAGCAUGACCCUGUGGACCCAGGUGGUUCCUUCACCUUGACCUCUGCCAAUGUGGGCAAGUGCCAAACAGUGCUCUGUCGCAAUGGGAAGCCGCUGCCUCUGUCCAGAUCUUACGUCAUGAGCUGUGAAGAAGAACUGAAGAGGAUUAAACAGCACAAGGCCAUCAUCACUGAGGACGGCAAGGUGAACGGAGUGACUGAGUCCACACGCAUCCUGGGCUAUACCUUCCUCCACCCCAGUGUGGUGCCUCGCCCCCACGUGCAGUCUGUGCUGCUGACCCCCCAGGAUGAGUUCUUCAUCCUAGGCAGCAAGGGCUUGUGGGACAGCCUGUCCAUCCAGGAGGCAGUGGAGGCCGUGCGCAAUGUGCCUGAUGCCCUGGCUGCUGCCAAGAAGCUGUGCACCCUGGCCCAGAGCUAUGGCUGCCAUGACAGCAUCAGUGCUGUGGUGGUGCAGCUCAGCGUCACCGAGGACAGCUUCUGCUGCUGUGAGCUCAGUGCCGGUGGGGGCGUGCCGCCACCCAGCCCUGGCAUCUUCCCCACCUCCGUCAACAUGGUGAUCAAGGAUCGGCCCCCCGACGGGCUGGGCGUGCCGUCCUCCAGCAGCGGCAUGGCCUCGGAGAUCAGCAGCGAGCUCUCCACUUCCGAGAUGAGCAGUGAAGUGGGGUCCACGGCCUCCGACGAGCCCCCAAACGGAGCCCUGAAUGAGAGCAGCCCCGCCUACCCGAGCGAGCAGCGCUGCAUGCUGCACCCCGUCUGUCUGUCCAACUCCUUCCAGCGCCAGCUGUCCAGCGCCACUUUCUCUAGCGCCUUCUCGGACAAUGGCCUUGACAGCGACGACGAGGAGCCAAUCGAGGGUGUCUUCAGCAACGGCAGCCGGGUAGAGGUGGAAGUGGAUAUCCACUGCAGCCGAGCCAAGGAGAAGGAGAAGCAGCAGCAGGUGCUUCAGGUGCCGGCCGAGGCCAGCGAUGAGGGUAUUGUCAUCAGUGCCAACGAGGACGAGCCAGGUCUGCCCAGGAAGGCAGACUUCUCUGCCGUGGGGACCAUUGGGCGCCGAAGGGCCAAUGGCUCUGUCGCGCCCCAGGAGAGGAGCCACAAUGUGAUAGAGGUCGCCGCAGAAGCCCCCCUGCGGAAGCCUGGCGGGUAUUUUGCUGCCCCCGCUCAGCCGGAUCCUGACGAUCAGUUUAUCAUUCCUCCCGAGCUGGAAGAAGAAGUCAAAGAAAUCAUGAAGCAUCACCAGGAGCAGCAGCAGCAGCAGCCACAGCCCCCACAGCAGCCACAGCCACUGCCCCCGCCCCAGCUACAGCAGCCGCCACUGCAGCGGCCAUACCAGGUGGACCAGCUGCCAGACUAUUACGACACACCACUAUGACCCGCUCUGAGUACUGUUUCAGAAAUAAACUAACCAAGAAAGACUGAAUGCAAGAGUCUCCCAGGCUCACAUUAAACCAGGGGUUUUACUCCACAUCCCAAACACUGUUCCCAACCCGUCUGCAGCCAAUCUGUAGGUUCUCUUUCUCUUAUUUUUUUUAAUAACCACUUUUCUCUUAGUGAUGCUUUAUGAAUAUGAUUUGAAUUUGUUAAUUUCUUCUAACAUAUCAGAUGUGUAAAGACAAAGAACAAAAGGUUUAAUAUAUUACAGAGAGACAGUUAAUGAUAAUGUAAUAUUUUUUAAAAUGGCUUUUUGUUUUGUUUGUUUGGCAGGCAGGGCAGGUUGCCAUUGCUAAAUGAUUUAAUAAUGUUGUAAUUCUGUAUUUCUUGGGGGGGGUAAGGAUUUUUUUUUUUUUUUUUGUCUUGAAAAUGAUAGACAUUUGUAGAAUAUGGAGA